AUGUUGCUCAGGAUGGUGGGCCCCUCGCCGGCCUUCUGGCCACUCUUGCUGCUGGGAUUGCUCUCGCCGUGGCUGGCGGGGCGCUGCAUGCCCGUCUCGGCCUCUGCCCAGCAGCGCAACGGCACCCUGGAGUGGCGCUGGGAGACCCUCUUCUCGCGCACCAUGGCCAGGCUCCCGGGGGAGAGGAAAGAAGCCAGCCGCGACGGGGACUAUCUGCUGGGCAUCAAGAGGCUGCGGCGGCUCUACUGCAACGUGGGCAUCGGGUUUCACAUCCAAGUCUUGCCAGACGGCAGAAUCCACGGGACCCACAACGAAAACCGAUACAGUUUGCUUGAAAUCUCUCCAGUGGAAAGAGGAGUGGUGAGCAUCUUUGGUGUUAAAAGUGGCCUGUUUGUAGCUAUGAACAGUAAAGGCAAACUCUAUGGAUCUAGCCGUUUCAACAAUGAGUGUAAAUUCAAAGAGAUCCUGCUGCCAAACAACUACAAUGCAUAUGAGUCCCAGGUCUAUCCAGGGAUGUACAUAGCCUUGAGCAAAAAUGGAAGAACAAAGAAAGGCAAUAAGGUCUCUCCCACCAUGACAGUGACACAUUUUCUUCCUAGGAUUUGAGCGCUGUCCCUUCAAGGCCUACCUCAGAGAAGGGGGAGAAGGCAAGACCCAGUUGGAGACCAGGAGUAUAUAUGGUGCACUUUCCUUUGAGAGUUUUAUGCAAGAGUAGAUGUAAGAUAUUUAAGUUAUUUAAGUCUGUAUAUAUUGCCAGAAAGUUAUUUAUAGUUCCGCUGUUUUUGUAAUUCCUAAGAAAACCCCAACAUAAAACAAAAACCUCCAACCUAAGCUAUUCAUUGUGCAAUGC